AUGUCUAAUUUUGAUGGUUUAUCAUAUCAUUCAAUAUCAUUUGAAAUGCAAGAAAAUUUUCUAUGUUCAUAUUGUCAUCGUUUACUUGUUGAACCAAAAGUAAUAAUAUGUGGUCAUCGAUAUUGUUCAUUGUGUCUCAAAAAAUUCAUCAAAAAUGAUGAAUCAACAAAUUGUAUUGUAGAUAAUUGUAGUCAAAUUAUUACGAAUGAUGAAAUUUAUACAGAUUUUGGUGUCAUAAAUGAUUUAAAACGUUUAACAGAUAUUAUUUGUUAUAAUAAAUCAAAUGGUUGUUCUUGGCAAGGUAAUUAUAUGGCUUACAAAGAACAUUUGCAAGUUUGUACAUUUCAACAUAUUCAAUGUGAAUAUUGUGCAAUUACUUUUACAAAUCACGUUUUAUAUGAACAACAUGAUCGAAUUUGUCCAAAAGCACUUGUUUCAUGUCCAUUAAAGAAAUUCGGGUGUAAUACUCAGAUUCGUCGAGAAGCUCUUCAAGAUCAUAUUUCAUCAUCCUCGGUUGAACACUUACAAAUACUUGCUGAUAUUUGUUCAUCGUUUCAAAAUCAAGCAAUAACAACUUAUUCACAGCCAUUAUCGAUACAAUCUACAGCAAUAUCUACAUCUGAAAAUUUAGAUAUUAAAUCAUUACAAAAUGAACUUAUUAAACAAACACAGAUAAUUGAACAAUUACGUUUAGAACAAAAAUCUCUUCAGUCAAUGUUGAUAAAACGUGAACGUGAUUUAACACGUGUAUCUGUUGAUUUACAAUUAUUUAAAGGUGAUUUAUGUCAAUUAAAAAAAGAAUUUGAAUUAUCAAAAUCAUUUAUUCAUAAUGAUGGAACCUAUUUAUGGAGAAUUGACAAUAUUCAACAAUCAUUUCGUAAUGCAAAAAAUGCAUCACAAUCAAUAUGUAUUACUUCAUCUCCAUUUUAUACAUCUAAAUAUGGAUAUAAAAUGUCACUAAAAUUAUAUUUAAAUGGUGAUAAAUCUGUUCGAGAUACAUAUUUAUCAGUAUAUAUUACAAUUAUGCGAGGAGAAUAUGAUUCAUUGUUGAAUUGGCCAUUUCAAUAUCCGAUUACAUUAUGCUUAUAUGAUCGUAAUUUAAAACAAGAUCAUGUUGUUCAUACAAUAAAACCUGAUUUAGAUAGUGAUUGUUUUCAACAACCAAAAAUGGAUGCUAAUAAAAGUGGAGGUAUACCAGAAUUUUGUCCACUAUGGAAAAUUUUUAAUAAAGAAUUUGGUUAUGUUCAACAAGAUACAAUGUAUAUUAAAGCUUUUGUUGAUUUUAAUAUUUAUCCAACUAAAAUUUGGCCAUAUUGGACAAAAUUACAAUCAUAUGGUUUACCUACUAAUGUUGAACAUAUUAAAUUAGAAGAACAAAUAGAUAAUGAAAAAUAA